UGGAGAUUGUCUUGCAAGGAAGUUAAUAUCGUUUCCUUAGUUUUUAGUCACCGAUUAAGUACCAAAAUAAAGUUUAUUGAUUUUUUUUACUGUUUUCAAUUAAUUGAGAAGUAAAAUGGUAUUUUGUCCUUAGACCAUUAAACAAUGGCUGCCGGACAAACUGUUCGAGAAAGUUUUUCUGUGACAGAAGACAGUCCGGUUGUUUUUGUCACAGAACCAAGCCCACACUUCCUCUGCCCGGUUUGCAGGAAGCUGUACCAAGAACCUGUGAUUAUAAAUGGCUGCGGACAUACCAUAUGUAAACAGUGUGCGUCGACCAUCGAAAAGUGUCCCAUUGAUCAUAAAGUCUUUGUUCGAGAACAAAUGAUAGUGAACAGGUUUGUUGUUGACCACAUAGAGGACCUUCUGAUAUAUUGCAAACAUGGCCUGUUGAAGCAAGGUGAUACACAUGUACAAGACCCCUCUGGCUGUCAGGAAAAAAUACACCUUGGAACUAGGGUCCAGCAUGAAGAGAACUGUCAGUUUAAGAUCGUCCACUGCUCAAACCCCAGCUGUGAGGCAAAGUGCCGCAAGUGUGAAAUGGUAGAACAUAAGAAAGUGUGUGUUUACAACAAAUGUUCUCAUGGUAACAAAGGGUGUGAAUUCCAAGGGAGAGAAGAGGACACUCAGCUUCAUGAGACCACAUGUGGGUACAGGGCCCUUCAGCCCAUCGGGGUCAGCAGUGCAUUGGAGCAAAAGACUGUCCAGCUAGAGACCAGCAAUAGGGAGCUAGUGAAGCAGGUGUCCAGUCUGAACAUGAGGCUGGGUCAGCUGGAGGAGGUCAACACAUCCUUGCAAGGUCAACUCACCGAGUGCAACAAGGCUUUAAAAGAGCUCAAUCAGAAGUAUGAGACGGUGGUGUCCUCUAUAGAGCAGGUGGUUACUAUGAGAAACCGAAGGUCAUAUGGGUCACCGGGGGGUCAAGGGGAAGGUCGUCCAAGGUCAACGUCUUCCAGCAUACGUCAGACGUACCAGAGUUCAAUUCGCCACUCGUUGUCAGGAAGUCCGCCAGGUAGCAGAAUGGAUAAAUGGAACAUGCCUUUCCAGUUCAAAUGUAUUGGGACACUUAGGGGUCACCAAGAUGUGGUAUGGUGCAUGGCAAGUAAGGACCGCAAGCUGUACAGCGCGGGUAAAGACAGGUCGGUCAAGAUCUGGGACCUGGACAAUCUGCAGAGGGGUUGUAUCAAAACCAUCCAGGGGCAUGCUGACACGGUCCAGUGCAUGUGUAUUGGUGGUGACAACCUGUACACUGGUGGCCAUGACAACACCAUCUACUGCUGGAGCCUUGAGGACUACAGUCUAGUGAAAUCAGUCACGGGGGCCCAUGACAACGUCAUCUGCACAAUGGCCAUUGCUGGAGCCUACCUCUUCACUGCCUCUUUCUCAUUACAGGAGGCCCAUGACAACAUCAUCUGCACAAUGGCCAUUGCUGGAGUCUACCUCUUCACUGCCUCUUUCUCACUCAUCAAGAUCUGGGAAGCCAAAACCAUGACCUGGAAGCACACGAUACCAGGUCUACACCACUGGGUGCGAGCCCUGGCACUUAACCCUGACAAGGACAAGUUGUUCAGUGGGUCACACAACACUAUAGACAUAUGGAGUGUAACCGAGCCAUUCAGUCUGCGCGGAAAGGUGGACCAUCAGUUUGGGUCCAUUUAUUCAUUAGCAGUCACAUCUAAGUACAUUAUAGCUGGGACAUACAACCGAAACAUACACGUCUACAGUGUGAAAACCUAUGAGUACAUCAAUGCCCUGAAGGGGCACAUAGGGGUCAUAAAUAGCCUCUGUGUAUCACCCUGCGAGGGUUUCUGCUUCUCGGCUUCCUCAGAUUCCAGUAUAAAGAUCUGGAACCUGGAGAACAUGUUACCCAUCCAGACCCUGCAGAGACAUGAAGGCAGUGUCAACACUCUGGUUGUACACAGGGACUUCCUCUUCUCAGGGUCUGAGGACAAGGAAAUUAAGGUGUUCAUGUACUUCCAAAUGCAGAUGGGGUUUGCCGUGAAUACCUGAAAAUGAUGUUGUGUUAUGAGAACUGGUGAGCUUUAAGGAUUGAGGCCUGUUCUCAACACCCUAGGAGUACUCACAUAGACUUCAGAAUCAUAGCCGCAGACGCCCACAAUUGCAGCCACUAUAUUUUGAGUUAUAUCUGUUCCAGAAGAGGAUGAUUUCUUCAGAGAUUGCAAUAACUGUAUAUGACACAUGCGCACAUGGGGAGCUUUUGGGAUUGCCUUUUGUUCGAUGUGUAUCCUAAGUUGUGUGUUGAACAUCAUGGGCCAUCAUUAUUCACCUGAAGAAGCCGCAUUUAUGCCCAAUCUUCAUGAAACUUGUCAAGAUUAUUCGUCUCAAUGAACACUCAGCAGUUUUUCAAACUGGGUGACCUUGGGGUAAGAAAACUGGGUCACAAGGUCGAAUUAAAGGAAAACCUUGUUAAGACCCUAAAUGUCACUUGUUUCGCCCAAUCUUCAUGAACCUUGCUCAGAACAUGUAUUCUCAUAAUGUCUUGACUUAGUGUGUAAAUGGGCCACAGAAAAACAUCGCAGCUAACGUUUGAUGCAGUUUUUACUUAAAUGUCUAUAUUGAAACUUAAUUAAAAGCACCUGUUCAACAGUUUAUAUCCUUGGGGUCUUAGUUGAGUGCCUGAGGGCCUCAGUCUGUCUUGUUUAUUAAACUGAAGAAAAUAUUCAUUCAAGCCUUAGUAAUGCCUUCAUUUUACAUGAAACAUUUCAUGUAAAAGCAUUAUAAUGUUUGAUGAAAGAGCAGCGCUAUGGGAUAAUGGGGCUUAAUGCAUGAAGUGUUGUCAUAGAAUAGCCAGUGCAGCCCGCUUGAUUUUCAUAGAGAGGAGACUUCAUUUCAAUUUAAAAACAAUAAAAGAGUGGAACGUAGCCCAGUUUUCCCAGAGAGUGGCUCAAUGCUGUACAUGUAUUUCUUAAUGAUGAAUACCAGGUGGGAAUUAACUUUAGAUAGCUCAAAGCAUGAUGGUUUUUAGAGAAUCUUUUUUUUAUAAGUAAAAGAUCACUUUUGACUUUGGUCGCUUGUAUUGGAUUAUGGACAUAUGCAUGCCUAGAAAUGCCAAAUAUUUGUUUUGGUGCUUUUAAAAUUAACGCCAAUUUUUAAAAGUGUGAUAAUUGAUACACAUAAUUGUUGAUUCAUUGUUGUUUACAUUCCCUGCAUACCUUAUCUGCAAUUUCAUUGGAAAUGUGUCUUUUUUUGUUACUACAUGUAUGAUAUUUUCCUGUGUGCUGGUCACACUCUGUAUCAACAAUCAUUAUAUAGGCGGUGCUCUGUGAAAAGGGGGUUUAAUGUGUAUGUGCGUAAAGUGUAGUCCCAGAUUAGCCUGUGCAGUUUAAUGCAUGUGCGUCAAGUGUUGUCCCUGAUUAGCCUGUGCAGUUUGCAUAGGCUAAUCAGGGAUGACACUUUCCGCCUAAACUUGAUUUUUGAUAAGAAGAGACUCUUUAAACAAAAAAUAUUAUAAUAUAAUAAGUGUCGUCCCUGAUUAGCCUGUGCAGUCGGGGACAACAUUAAACCCCCUUUACACAGAGCUUGGCUCAUAUAUGUGUGUGUAAGGUGUAGAAUUGUUUCAUUUAAAGUCAAUACUUUAAUCAAUAUACUGAUUGUAGUGAGGUUUUUAGUUGACUUAGUGUUAUUGAUGCAACUUGGAUAAUCAACAGAUAAUUACAAGUUAAUUUCAGUAUUUGAUUUGAAGGCAUUGUGUUUUCAUAUUUAUUUUAAUACAUGUUACUUUUAUCGUAUAAAUAAAAUAACUUUAAGUAUUACUCAAUAAAAAAUGGUAAAUUUGUUUAUUUUAUUUGAAUUUAUAUUGUAAGUGAUAAAAUUUGUAUAUUGCUUUUAGACAGUGACAUGCUUGUUUGACAGAAUUGUGAUUUUAAUUUUUUAACAUUUUGUAUUUCUAUUAAAUGUUUUCAUGUUAAACAUUCCUACGCAUAGUAGAGUUAUAUUUCACAUAUAUUUACAUCAGUUACACAUGUUCAAUUAUCACUGAAGUGAUACAAAUAGACUGAAAUAACAUGUUGUGUGGGUUAUGUGUCCACAUGCAAAUAGACUGAAAUAACAUGUUGUGUGGGUUAUGUGUCCACAUGCAAAUAGACUGAAAUAACAUGUUGUGUGGGUUAUGUGUCCACACGCAAAUAGACUGAAAUAACAUGUUGUGUGGGUUAUGUGUCAUCAUGCAAAUAGACUGAAAUAACAUGUUGUGUGGGUUAUGUGUCCACUUGCAAAUAGACUGAAAUAACAUGUUGUGUGGGUAAUGUGUCCACACACAAAUAGACUGAAAUAACAUGUUGUGUGGGUUAUGUGUCCACACGCAAAUAGACUGAAAUAACAUGUUGUGUGGGUUAUGUGUCCACAUGCAAAUAGACUGAAAUAACAUGUUGUGUGGGUUAUGUGUCCACACGCAAAUAGACUGAAAUAACAUGUUGUGUGGGUUAUGUGUCCACAUGCAAAUAGACUGAAAUAACAUGUUGUGUGGGUUAUGUGUCCACAUGCAAAUAGACUGAAAUAACAUGUUGUGUGGGUUAUGUGUCCACAUGCAAAUAGACUGAAAUAACAUGUUGUGUGGGUUAUGUGUCCACAUGCAAAUAGACUGAAAUAACACAUUGUGUGGGUUAUGUGUCCACACGCUGAAUUUUGUUUGUGCUUGUUUAUACACAUAUAUUGUGAUAAUGGUUAUAUAUUUGCAUGUAUUUUACAUUUUUUAACUUCCAACAUAAAGUAUGUGGCAUUAAGCAUUACUGUUGUUAGUUCAUCAGGAUGCAAUCAGUUUUACAAUUGUGUCAUGCAUGGUUCCAACAAAUUUGUGUUCUCAACUCAUCUAUACCUGUUUGGUGUAUUUCCCUCAAACUUUCACACUUGAAUGACCUUAAUGCUGAUUGAUAAAGAAAUGACUUAGUCUUUGACUGGUUUAUGCAAAAUUA